AGUCUGCAGCGGCGGUAUGGCCCAUAGGCGUCCUGAGUAAGUUCAGCGGCCGUAGCCGGCGCUCGAGACCCGGCGGUGUAUCCGCCGGCCACUGCUCAUCCCCCACAACACGCCGCUCCUAUGUUGUUUCCGAUCAAAUGGAGCAAGCCACCGAUGGCUUACUGCCAGCACCUCAGCCGCUUCCUCUCAUCCGUCACCGCCAAAGCAGCGCCGCCGAUCCCCGCGCGGCGCCUCCCCCGGUCUCUCGGCACGUCCGCGCACAGUGCCCGUAUCCGGGAGCUCGCCCGCCUCGGCCGCGUGCGCGAGGCCAGGGAGGUGUUCGAUGCGAUGCCCCUCCGCGACAUCAUCGCCUGGAACUCCAUGAUCUUCGCCUACUGCAACAACGGGAUGCCCGACGCCGCGAGGUCGCUCACCGCCGCGAUAUCCGGCGGGAACCUGCGCACGGGCACCAUCUUGCUGUCGGGUUACUCCCGUCGCGGCCGCGUGCGUGACGCUCGCAGAGUGUUCGAUGAAAUGCCCGCUCGGAACGUCGUGGCGUGGAACGCCAUGGUCAGUUGCUAUGUCAAGAACGGGGACAUCUCCCUUGCACGCAGGUUGUUCGAUGCAAUGCCGAGCAGAGAUGUCACGUCGUGGAACACAAUGCUUACUGGGUAUUGCCAUAGCCAACAGAUGGUGGAUGCAAGGAAUCUGUUUGGACAAAUGCCAGAGCGAAACUUGGUUUCCUGGACAUUGAUGAUUUCUGGGUAUGUCCUGAUUGAGCAGCAUGGCAAGGCUUGGGACAUGUUUUGCACGAUGCACCGUGAAGGAAUGCCACCAGACCAACCAAACCUUGUAUCCGUGCUUUCAGCUGUAAGUCGUUUUGAGAAUAUUGGCAUUCUAGAGAGUCUCCGUGUUGUUGCUCUUAAGACAGGCUUUGAGAGGGACGUGGUCAUCGGCACAGCAAUGCUUAAUGUGUACACUAGGGAUGCGAGUAUGCUUGACAUUGCAAUGAAGUUCUUUGAAGGAAUGACGGAGAGGAAUGAGUACACAUGGUCAACCAUGAUCGCUGCACUAUCUCAGGGUGGACGAAUAGAUGAUGCUAUUGCUAUCUACCAAAGAGACCCUUUAAAGUCAAUUCCUAGUCGGACUGCGAUGCUCACAGGACUUGCUCGAUGUGGAAGGAUUAACGAUGCAAGGAUUCUAUUUGAGCAGAUUCCUGAGCCUAAUGUUGUAUCCUGGAACGCCAUGAUUACUGGGUACAUGCAGAAUGAAAUGGUUGAUGAGGCAGAAGAGCUUUUUAACAUGAUGCCUUUUAGAAACACAAUAUCUUGGGCUGGGAUGAUUGCGGGGUAUGCACAUAACGGGAGGAGUGAAGAAGCAUUGGUUUUGCUCCAAGCGCUCCAUAGGAAUGGGAUGUUACCUAGCCUGUCUAGUUUGACUAGUAGCUUCUUUGCUUGUUCGAAUAUUGAAGCUCUUGAGACAGGAAAGCAAGUGCAUUCUCUUGCAGUGAAGGCUGGCUGUCAGUUCAAUAGCUAUGUAUGUAAUGCACUGAUUACUAUGUAUGCCAAGUGCAGAAACAUAGGUUUUGUGAGACAAAUCUUUAGUCGGAUGACAGUUAAAGAUACUGUGUCAUAUAACUCUUUUAUUACCGCACUUGUACAGAAUAAUCUGUUGGAAGAAGCAAGAGAUACAUUUGACAACAUGACCAGUCGAGAUGUUGUCUCUUGGACUACUAUAAUAUCUGCAUAUGCACAAGCUGAGCAGGGGAAUGAGGCAGUAGAGAUUUUCAGAAGUAUGCUGUAUGAGCAUGAAUUACCCAAUUCACCAAUAUUAACAAUACUUCUUGGUAUUGGUGGAAGUCUUGGUGCUUCCAAACUUGGACAGAAAAUUCACACUGUCGCUAUUAAACUUGGAAUGGAUUCAGGACUUAUAGUGGCUAAUGCACUCAUAUCGAUGUAUUUCAAGUGUGGUUCUGCAGAUACUCUUAAGAUUUUUUAUUCAAUGGAGGAACGAGACAUUUUUACAUGGAAUACCAUUAUUACAGGCUAUGCUCAACAUGGCCUUGGAAGAGAAGCCAUCAGGAUGUAUCAACAAAUGGAAUCUGCAGGAGUAUUUCCAAACGAGGUCACUUUUGUGGGGCUUUUACAUGCAUGCAGCCAUUCUGGUUUGGUAGAUGAGGGGCGUCAGUUUUUCAAGUCUAUGAGCAGUGAUUAUGGACUAACUCCUCUGCUGGAGCACUAUGCUUGCAUGGUGGACCUAAUUGGGCGAGCUGGUGAUGUGCAAGGAGCUGAACACUUUAUUUAUGAUAUGCCUAUUGAGCCAGAUACAGUGAUCUGGAGUGCUCUUCUAGGGGCAUGCAAGAUUCACAAGAAUGUAGAAAUUGGUAGAAGGGCAGCUGAGAAACUUUUCGCUAUUGAGCCAUCAAAUGCUGGCAAUUAUGUUAUGUUGUCAAAUAUAUAUUCCUCCCUAGGGAUGUGGGAUGAAGUCGCAAAGAUACGAAAACUAAUGAAAGAACAAGGUGUGAACAAGGAGCCUGGUUGUAGCUGGAUGCAGAUAAAGAACAAAAUGCACUCAUUUAUCACUGGAGAUAAGGAGCACGAGCAAAUUCAAGAUAUAUAUGCUACCCUCCAGGAGUUGUACACUUUGUUAAAGGCUACAGGCUAUGUGCCUGACACAGAAUUUGUUCUCCAUGACAUUGAUGAAGAGCAGAAAGAGAGCUCCCUUCUGUACCACAGUGAGAAGCUUGCUGUUGCUUAUGGCCUUCUUGUUACACCUAAGGGCAUGCCCAUACAGAUAAUGAAGAACCUUAGAAUAUGUGGUGACUGUCACACUUUCAUCAAGUUCGUAUCCCAUGUCACCAAGAGAGAAAUUGACAUUAGGGAUGGAAAUCGGUUUCAUCAUUUUAGGAAUGGAAGUUGUUCAUGUGGUGACUUUUGGUGAUGCAUUAUUUUGACUUCAGAUGAGAUAAUGGGAAUAUCAUCAACUUCACAAUUUUGUGGAGUUGCAGGAGAGGAAGCAGACAAGAGUAUAUUGACUAACCAAAUUAGUGUACUUUAGCUUGCCACAGGUUAUUGGAUGCAAUAUUGAAGAAUCUGGCAAGUUCAGCAUUUUGCAAACUGAUGCAUGAUAUAGUGAACAGUCUGCUGUUAACUGAGUAUUUCUGCAUAUGAAUGUUGGCAUGUGGAGAGGGUCUAAACUCUAAACCAUGCUGUUACCCACUGUGCUCUUUACAGUGUGGGAAGUUGGCACUCAGCAUUGAUGAAAAGAAGAGCCAUUUCCUAUGGCUCAACAAGACAAAAGAGAGUUGGGAUCAAGUUCAUACUCCUUCCUAGGCCUGCAUCCAGAAUCGUUCACGAGAAACUCUACUUUAGUUUCAAAGUUUAUUGGAGAUGAUACAUCAUCUCAUUCAUUGAGAUCGAUGAUGGAGGACAAAGAAAGGAAAAGAAGGAUGUUUGGGCAACAGAACUCAGAGCAAUUCGAACUUGAAGUUUAUUGGAAAUGAUGCACCAGCACGUCUGUUGGCAUUGAUGAUGUAGGACAAAGAGACUAAAAGAAGGAUGUUCAAGCCACUGAACUCAGAUAAUCACUUAGUUGAACUUUUACACGCUUUCAGUGGUACCACUGUUGUUGAAUGCUACAAAUUCAAUCCUGCAUCAUAAGUAGAUAGUUGAACAGAUGGAAAUAUACUUAAGAGGGGUUAAAGGUACAAAUUCAAAGGAAUGCGAAGAUAGGAGGCCCAAUGCUGUGAACCACAUAUCAAGUGCUACAAAUUCAAUCAACAACUCUGAAGCUAGAGUGUCAAUGGGAAACUCAGAUAGGCGGGUAAAAUGCUAUGAACCAUACAGCAAAGGAGUGCUAAGAUAGGAAGGUCAACGACUUGGAAGAAAGACUACGAAUCUCGGUUGAAGGAGACGAAGGUAAAUCGUCAGGCAAUCAUGAUGAGAAAUCCUGGAAACGACGGUGAGGGAAGAGGAGCUCAAAAGUGAAUGUGCAAGAUAAGCUAUGAGCUCCCCCCCCCCCCCUACGUUUUUCUGCCGAAUGCUGCUACACGUACAGCCCAUUUGUAGAACUCUUUUACAACCGAGAGAUCAAAGCGCUCAAAUCACUUAGGUCGUGUCUCACUUAUCAAUCAAAGGAACUAAAACACCUGAUUGUAACGAAGUUGUACAAAUAGGUUAGGUUAAGUAUUUUCCUUUUCUACCAUUGUGUCAAGGAUAAAGUCCAAGAUGGGAAAUUUCUUCUCUCCCAGUACUUCUAUCUGAAGACUGAUGAGAUCAUUAUGUGCUCCAUCGUCGGUGGUGGUGCUAUUAUUCGUCCGGUGUGUUGUGUCAAAGCUCAAAAGGAUCAUAGGUGAAUCUAAGAGGCCUGUACAAGUAUAUUAGUCGUAAAUGGACAUUGUAUGUCACCGUGUGGUGUAGAGAGGUAAACCUGAAAUACAGAAGUUUUAUUCAAUACAGACAAUCCGCCCUGAGCAAAUAGAGACGCAACAACAA